UUUCCGGUCGUGACAUCAGCCGCUGAACACACGUUAGGAACUCUCUGUCUCGUUUUUGAGCGUUGACCUUUUCGACACCUCUUGAAGAGUCAACUCCUGAGUGUGGCCCGAGACUAUUCUCGCUUGACAACGUUGACACCGGCCUGACGCUCGGCAGUGGUCGCGCUAGCUGCUUUGGCUCCGCUGUUAGCAACGUUAGCUCCGCCAGGAAGACAGCUCCUCUGACGCCCUCAUGGAUCCAAGUGGAGUCACGGCUCGAACCGCCAAGAGUCCAUGGGGACCGGUGGGCCCGGCGCAAGCGGUCGGUUCUCUGACGGAGGUGAUGAGUGAACAACUGGCUCGACAGCUGGACGAGGAGAACCUCCCGGAGGUGUCCGCCUCGCCGCUGCUGCAGGACCCGCCGGCGGACACCAGCAGCGACCUCAUGCUGGCGCAGAUGCUGCAGCUGCAGUUCGACCGGGAGUUUGACCAGCAGCUGCGGCGAGAGGAGAAGAAGUUCAACGGCGACAGUAAAGUGUCCGUCUCCUUCGAGAACCACCGCAUGGUUCAUCCGUACGAGGAGAGCGAGAGCUCGGAAGAGGAGGUGGACUGGCAGGACACCAGACACGACCCGUACAGAGCAGACAAGCCUCAGACGACGCCCAGGAGAGGCUUCAGUGGCAAAGGCAAGAACAUCACCACCAAACACGACGAGGUGACGUGUGGGCGCAAGAACACGGCGCGCAUGGACAACUUCGCUCCUGAGGUCCACGUGGGUGACGGUCUGGGGAUGGACCUGAAGUUGUCCAACCAAGUGUUCAACUCCCUGAAGCGCCACUGCCAGAGCGAGGAGAGGCGCAGCGCCAGGCUGCACGACAAGAAGGAGCACUCCACUGCUGAGCAAGCCGUGGACCCUCGCACUCGUCUGCUGAUGUACAAGAUGGUCAAUGCCGGCGUGUUGGACAACAUCAACGGCUGCAUCAGCACCGGCAAGGAGUCUGUGGUGUUUCAUGCUGACGGAGGGAGCCUGGACCAGCAGCCGGUGCCAGCCGAGGUGGUCCUGAAGGUCUUCAAGACCACGCUGAACGAGUUCAAGAACCGCGACCGCUACAUCAAGGACGACUACCGCUUCAGAGAGCGCUUCAGCAAGCUCAACCCCCGCAAGGUCAUCCGCCUGUGGGCCGAGAAGGAGAUGCACAACCUGAGCAGGAUGCAGAAGGCCCAGAUCCCCUGUCCCCAGGUGGUGCUGCUGAAGAAGCACAUCCUGGUCAUGUCCUUCAUCGGCAAAGACCACGUCCCGGCGCCCAAACUCAAGGACGCCAUGCUGGACCAGGAGCAGCUGAAGAGCGCCGCCUUCCAGGUUUUACACGUGAUGCAGCAGCUCUAUCAGGAGUGCAACCUGGUCCACGCUGACCUCAGUGAAUACAACAUGCUGUGGCACGAAGGGAAGGUGUGGCUGAUCGACGUCAGUCAGUCCGUGGAGCCGACGCAUCCUCACGGUCUGGAAUUCCUCUUCAGAGACUGCAGGAAUGUUUCCACGUUCUUCCAGAAGAGAGGCGUGACCGAAGCGCUAAGCGUCUACCAGCUCUUCAACGCCGUGACUGGACUCAACAUUCCUGUGGGAUCGGAAGACGAGAGCGAGUUUGUGGCUGAGAUCGUGGCGCUGGAGAAGAGGAACGAGGACCACGUGCAGAAACGCGGCAAGAAAACCUUCCCCGUGGCUUCGGAGGACGGAGGUCCGCCUUUGCGGCCCGACUCUGACGACUAACGCUCGCUGACGGGUCCGGAGUAGAGCGCUACUCCUGUCAUCCCAACAGCUGCUUCCUGGGCUCAGGAGCGCCCCCUCUGGCGGCAGCGCUGCCUCGUGCUCCUGCUUUCGUUGGCUGAUGCUUGAGUCGAGCUGUCAUGAUGUGAACAAAUGCAGUGCUGCUGGGCCAAAGGUGAUGAUGAUUUGUCAGCCGGGAGGUGAUGAUUCUUCUGUGGUCUGAGUGAAAAUAAAACCUUCAAACACG